AGUGUUAGCUCAGACAUUCCAAUGCUGUGAGGCAGCAUUGUGAGGGCUGGUCACCCAGCCCAGCGAUUACUGAGGCAGUAACACACCAACGCUGAACUCUCAUUCACAACACAAGGGAUACUAUGGCUUGUGACCAGCAGCCUGCAGCGCAGAAAUGUGAGGCCGCCUGCACCCCAAGAUUGCCCAUGCCUGCAGACCAUGCACUCUGUGUAGCCCCAGGGUAAGAGAUGCUGCUCAUACAAUGCUAAAUCCUAAAUUUUCGGAGCACUGACCAUAGAAAUAGUCUUUUUAUGGACCAUUUUGCUCAACUAGAAUCUCCUGGAAUGAACUGGAAAUCACCCAACUGUUAUCAGAAAUAAAUGCUGCUUAGUUAUUCUCUUAUUUCUCUGGAGUAAACAGCUGGAUGAAAAUAACCUUAAAAAUGCAUGACUGGUGACAAUACAGUGUCCGAUUCAAGAUUUGGGGGAUGCAAAAAAAAACUAAGAUUCAACAUCUGCUACAGGAAUAAAUAGUUUUAUCAUGCUGAUAUGUAAAGUGGUCAAUAACACAAACUAGUAUAGUAUCAUACACUUCCUAAAAAUAAGACAGCUAAAGAAAUCCUGCAAGUCAAGAUGACAUCGGAGGAUGUGACUGCUUCUGUUGUUUUGCCGUCAGUAGAUGGAAAAGUGAUAUCUUCUCAGUCGACUGGAGAUGUAGGUUCUAAGAAUACUUUGGAUAGUAGUGUUAUAAAAAAACCCAGAACAAUCCAAGACCAAGAGAAUGCAGAGACUGCAGGGCACCAUGAUGAGAAUUCUGCGGCAAAGUCUUUUUCUAUAUCUGGGAAACAAGAAACCAGGGAAAAUGUUAGUGACGCAGAAGAACUACCAGGGAAACCUUGCAUAUUAAAUGCUAUUGACUACUUCAGCAUAAACAGCAAAGUGUUAGAAAAGGCAUGUAAAGCCAACCUAGGUUUUAAUCAGUUUUGUAAGUCGUACAACCCUUUAAAAGUUAAAAAUGUGUCCCUGGAGCCUCCGAUUCCUGCCGUGUUGACAGACAUUAACUUUAAAGUGGACGAAUCAACGGUGGAUAAGAGGGCAAUAGAGAGUCCGGUGAUAGGAAGCGAUCACGGCACUGAUGCAGUUAGCUGCAUUCCUACAUUACAUCUAACUUAUUCCACUCAGAAGAGCUCUUUAUGUUCCACAAAUAACCAAUGUAUUUUGGGCAGCUAUUUACAGACAACAAAAAGAAAUUGCGCCGGCAGUUUUGUCUUUGGCUCCCGUCAUUUAAACGGCCAUUCAGAAAGCUGUGACAGUGAUGAUGGACGCAUAGGUUUCUGUAGUGAAGAAGGUCAUCACGAGAAUACUCCGUCAAUGCUGUGCUCAGAAAAAGCACCAGUGUUUUCUGGAGACAGAGCUCACGGACAGGAUUUACUAUGUGUUAUGUCUUCAGAUCCAUUACAAAGUCAGGAGACCUGCGAAAGCUUCAUGGAUGAAAUAGAUAAUGAUUUGUCAAGGAGCAGAAAAGACCGCUCAACUCUGCUGGUCAGAAGGUUUUGUAAAAAUUAUAAAGAGGUGAAAAAGUCUAUUUAUACAGGAACAAGUGCAAUUGUUAAAUCUUUGCCAUCUGGUCACAUUGGGACUAGAGCCUGCUGUUUUGUUGAGCGAAAACAAGAAAGGGCAAAUGAAUUCAAGUGCCGUUGGGUAACCGCUCAAUGCCUGCCAUCUGUGCAAGGUUCAGUGAGAAGGAGAGAUUUGCUCUGCUACUUUGUGAGAAUGAUAUAUGAGGUUUGCAGUGAAGGCCAUGGGGAAGACGACAUUUUCGAUUUGUCUGUAUGCCUGCUUGAAAAACCAUUAAUCCCUGUCAAUAAAAUCAUCAAUCUAAAUGAAAAACAAAAUGCUGGGUUUUAUGCAACUUCGCAAAGGACUACCAUUUCUCAGUACAUAGGUGGUGCCCUGCUGGAGGCUACAGCAUUGCUGGGCGCAAGAAGUGGACCUUUGUUUGGUGGGGCGACUGGAAGAACAAUGCUGAAAGAACGUCAGCCGUGUUCCACAAUGGCAGCAUUGAAUCCCCAGACAGCUAGUUCAGUUGGACUGAGCAAAGAGUUGGUGGACCUUCAACAUCUCAUUCAGUUCCCAGAAGAGAUUGCAAGCAUUCUUACAGAGCAAGAACAGGAAAUAUAUCGGAAAGUGUUGCCCAUUGAUUACCUCUGCUUCUUGACCAAAGACCUUGGAGGUUCUGAAUAUGUCACCAACUUUCCAGACAUUAAAACAACUUUGUCAGCAUCUCUGUUGGAGAUGAAGAAUGGAGAACAUAAUACUGUAGAAGGGCUUGUGGCAAGAUUCAAUGAGGUUAGUUCAUGGGUAACCUGGCUAAUCCUUGCUGCAGGGUCGAUGGAGGAGAAACGGGAAGUGUUCUCCCAUUUAGUUCAUAUUGCAAAGUGUUGUUGGAAUAUGGGCAAUUACAACGCUGUGAUGGAAUUCCUGGCAGGACUCAGGUCAAGGAAAGUGUUGAAAAUGUGGCAAUUUAUGGAUCAAUGUGACAUAGAAACGAUGAGAAGCUUGAAAGAUGCAAUGGCUCAUCACGAGUCUUCCUCCGAGUACAGAAAAGUCGUGAAUAGAGCCUUAAAUAUCCCAGGCUGCAAGGUUGUUCCUUUCUGUGGAGUCUUUUUAAAGGAACUUUGUGAAGUUCUCGAUGGAGCCUCAAGUCUAAUAAAACUGUGUCCCCGCUACAAUUCUCAGAAUGAAACACUGGAGUUUGUGUCUGACUACAAUGGACAAGACAACUUUAUUCAGAGAAUAGGAAAAGAUGGAUUAAACUGUACUGAAAAAGAAUCAACAGUCAACAAUAUCAUGCAGACCAUACGUAGCUGCAACCGCAGCCUGGAGUCUGAGGAAGGUGAAGACAAUGGCAGUGAAAACAGCGCCGUGAGAAAAAACUCUGUUAUGGAUAGAAACAGAUUUCACUCAAAGAAAAACCAUGAGUCAAACAGAGUGCUAUUUAUAAUGGGAGACUUAUCAGAUUCUGACAGUGAUAUUUUUGAUCAAUCCAAGGAAUAUGAUUUGUAUGGUUCCGUGGAGCAGCAGAAAGCAUUCAGCCAUGGUACAGAACUUAUUCCCUGGUAUGUGUUAUCGAUUCGGGCCGAUGUCUACCAAUUUCUUCAGCAAGGAGUAACUGUUAUCCGCUAUGACCAGGAGACACACAUUUCUGUUCGGUGUUUUCUCCAGCUUCAGCCAGAUAAUAGUACCCUGACUUGGACAAGGCCUUCCACCACUUGCCUUGCAAGUACUAAAAAUAAAUUGGGCGCCCCGGUUAGUGCUGCCGAGAUGAAAUUUCAGUUUCUUAGCAAUGCUGGAAUGAAUGGACUAGUUGAAGGCUUCUUGGACUUGUUCUCUGUGAAGGCUGUUUACAUGGGGCAUCCGGGCAUUGAUAUGCACACUGUGUGUGUUCAAAACAAACUAUGUAACAUGAACCUGGAAGAAAAUGGUGUCACGCUGCUUUUUGGACUUCACACUACUGAGAACAAGUUAUUGCAUUUUGUAGCGCCAAAAUACACAGCAAAGGCAAUAUAUGAUGGAUUGCUAGAGCUAACCAAAGCUGUAAGGAAGAUAAAGAAGUUUCCCGACCAAAGGCUGCAGUGGCUGAGGAAGCAAUAUGUCAGUCUUUACCAGGAGGAUAACAGAUAUGAAGGACCAACAUUGGCACAAGCUAUCGAGUUAUUUGGAGGCCGACGCUGGAGCGCAAGAAAUACAAGCACGGGAACACUGACUAAAAGCACUGAGAAGCCCAACAUGCAGCGCAACAAUACUCUGGGGAUCAAUGCAGCCAAGAAAAAGAAGAAAGUACUUAUGAGGGGUGAAAGUGGAGAUGCUGCUGAUGAUGAGAUGGCAACAAGGAAAAGUAAAAGCUGCAAAGAAAGUCGGAGCAGGAGUGGUUCAGAUCCUCCGGAGAUUGAUGAACAGGAGGAGCAAGAUCAGAAUACCAUGUCUCCUUUUCCUUUGCCUCACACACUUCCAUCAAGAAGAGCUCAUUCGUUGUCGGCUUCUGGAUCUCCGAACUUAGCGCCUGGGUCGACAACGCCUAUCAGACCUGCAUCUUCACCUAUUUUGUCCAGUACCAACAAACCCCCAUCUGCCACAUGGAGCAGUUCAAGUUGGCAUGGACGGGUUAAGGGUGGUAUGAAAGGCUUUCAAUCAUUUAUGGUGUCUGAUAGCAACAUGAACUUUGUUGAAUUUGUAGAACUUUUCAAAUCUUUCAGUGUACGAAGCCGCAAAGACCUCAAAGACAUUUUUGAUAUCUAUGCCAUUGCUUGCAGCCGCUUGGGGUCGGAGCCCAUUCCUCUUUACACUAAUUUAACGAUUGAUGAAAAUGUCUCCGGGGUUCAGCCAGAUUUAGAUUUAUUGACCAGGAAUGUGUCAGACUUGGGUUUAUUCAUUCGGAGUAGACAACAUUUGUCUGAAAAUCAGAGGCAGAUUUCUGAUGCUAUUGCUGCUGCUAGCAUUGUAACCAAUGGCACUGGAGUAGAAAGCACUUCCCUUGGAAUAUUUGGGAUGGGAAUACUGCAGUUUAAUGACUUUCUGGUAAACUGCCAAGGGGAACACUACAGUUACGAUGAAGUCCUCAGCAUUAUUCAGAAAUUUGAGCCAAGCAUUAGCAUGCGACAGCAAGGACUCAUGUCAUUUGAAGGGUUCGCAAGGUAUCUGAUGGAUAAAGACAACUUUGCGUCUAAGAAUGAUGAGUCGCAGAUCAACGUAGAUGACCUCCACUUUCCUCUGUCCUAUUACUUCAUUGAAUCUUCUCACAAUACGUAUCUUACUGGUCAUCAGCUGAAAGGUGAAUCCUCUGUAGAGCUCUACAGUCAGGUUCUUUUACAAGGCUGCAGAAGUGUUGAAUUAGAUUGCUGGGAUGGAGAUGAUGGCAUGCCUAUUAUUUAUCAUGGACACACACUUACAACUAAAAUCCCAUUUAAGGAUGUGAUAGAGGCCAUUGAUCGUAAUGCAUUCAUUAACUCCGAGAUGCCAAUUAUUCUGUCCAUAGAGAAUCAUUGUUCUUUACCACAGCAGCGCAAAAUGGCUGACAUAUUCAAGACUGUAUUUGGAGACAAGCUGGUGACAAAGUUCCUGUUUGAGAGUGACUUUUCCGAUGAUCCAAUGCUACCUUCUCCAUGGCAACUAAGGAAGAAAGUAUUGUUAAAAAACAAGAAACUUAAAGCACAUCAAACGCCUGUGGAUAUUUUAAAACAGAAGGCACAUCAACUUGCCAGUAUGCAGGUACAAGUCAGUAACGGUAACCAGAUAAUGAAUACAAGUACCAACAAUGAAGAAGAAGAUGAUGAAGAAGAUGACUAUGAUUAUGACUAUGAAUCUCUUUCGGAUGCUGAUGGCCUUAAUGCUUCCCCUGCGCCUAACAGCCAGGAAGCUGACACCAGCAGGGAGGAAGUAAAAGGCUGCAGCAAUUCAAGUCUCCACGUACCCCAUAUUGAAAUGAAUGGAGUGUGCAGCCUGGGAGUGAAUGAAAAUAAUAUACUUGAUGAUCGUCCUGAAAUGAAGCCAAGCAGUGAUAAAUUGCAGUUUGAGUAUAAUGAGGAAGCUCCAAAGAGAAUCAAGAAGACUGAUGGCAGCGUUGUUGGCAACAAAGGAAAGGUCUAUGACAUGGAACUGGAUGAAGAGUUUUAUCUCCCUCAGAACAAGAAAGAAAGUAGACAAAUUGCCCCAGAACUAUCAGACCUUAUCAUCUAUUGCCAAGCUGUGAAAUUUCCUGGCCUUUCAACAUUAAACCCAUGUGGAUCUGGCAGAGGAAAGGAAAGAAGAGGCAGGAAGUCCAUUUUUGGCAACAAUCCUGGUAGAACAAGCCCCGGGGAACCAACAACACUGGCCAAAACAUCUGGAAAAGGCACAGCUGAAACACGGCAGAGCUGGGAAGAGCCAUGUUCGCCUCCUUUCAACCCAAGCACUUCAUUAAGUGCUAUAAUUCGAACACCGAGGUGCUAUCAUAUCUCGUCGUUGAAUGAAAACGCUGCCAAGCGUCUAUGCAGACGGUAUUCUCAGAAGCUGAUUCAGCACACUUCCUAUCAGUUACUAAGAACAUAUCCUGCUGCUACACGCAUUGACUCUUCCAAUCCCCAUCCGCUUAUAUUCUGGCUUCAUGGAAUACAAUUGGUUGCACUCAACUAUCAAACCGAUGACCUCUCCCUACAAUUGAAUGCUGCCAUGUUUGAAGCGAAUGGUGGCUGUGGAUAUGUUUUAAAGCCACCAGUAUUAUGGGAUAAGGGCUGCCCGAUGCACCAGUCGUUCUCACCACUUGAACGCGAGUUGGAAAACAUGGAGCCAGCUAUAUACUCCUUAUCUAUUGUCUCAGGACAGAAUGUCUGUCCAAGUAACAGUACAGGAAGUCCUUGCAUUGAAAUUGAUGUGCUUGGGAUGCCAGUGGACAGCUGUCACUUCAGAACUAAACCCAUCCACCGCAAUACUCUAAACCCAUUGUGGAAUGAACAGUUUAUGUUCCGCGUCUACUUUGAAGACCUUGUAUUUCUCCGAUUUGCUGUGGUUGAAAACAACAGUUCUGCUGUAACUGCUCAAAGAAUUAUUCCUCUUAAAGUCCUCAAGAGAGGCUACAGACAUUUACAGCUUUACAACUUACAUAAUGAGUCUUUGGAGAUCUCCACUCUGUUCAUUAAUAGUAGAAGGAUGGAAGACAUCCCAAGCGGUAGCCUGCCGGCAUCUUUGGUUUUUAGCUCAGAAGAAAGAAAAGCAGUCUCAACAUUUAAGGUCACAGUCCAUGGAAUUCCUGGUCCAGAACCAUUCUCCAUAUUCAGCAUAAACUGUGGGACGACAGCGAAACAACUUCUAGAACAAAUUCUGGCUUCUAAAAACAGAACCGAAACCAGCAAAGACUAUUUCUUGAUGGAGGAAAAGUGUUUUAUAUCAAAAGACAAAAAUGAAUGCAAGAAACUACCGUUUCAAAGGGUGCUGGGCCCAGAAGAAGACAUCCUGCAGAUUCUAAAUAGCUGGUUUCCAGAAGAAGGAUAUGUGGGAAGAAUUAUUCUCAGAACUCAAGAAGAUAAUCUAAAUGACAAAAAUGUUUCCGUUGAGGAAAAGGAAGAAAAGGAGGUGCCUGUGACUUCAGAUGAUGAGAGCUUCUUUGUCCAGGUACAUGAUGUUUCUCCGGAACAGCCCCGCACAGUUAUACGAGCAUUGCGGUUCAGUACAGCACAAGAUGUUAUUCAGCAGGCUCUCAGCAAAGCCAAGUAUUCAUACACCAUUCUAAGCAAUCCUAACCCAAGUGACUAUGUCCUACUGGAGGAAGUGACAAAAGACUCCUCAAACAAGAAGUCGUCUGCCACAAAAACUUCUCAGAGGGUCCUCUCUGACCACGAGUGCGUUUUCCAAGCACAAAGCAAAUGGAAAGGAGCUGGGAAAUUCAUGCUUAAGUUAAAGGAGCAGGUCCAGGCAGCACGAGAUGAUAAGAGAAAAGGCAUUUCUAUUGCCAGUGAACUGAAGAAACUAGCAAAAUCAAGCAGGCAGUCUCGGAACUUCACACUGUCACCUCAGAUCAUGUCACCAGAAGGUACCCAGAAUAGAGAUGAAAAACCUGCAUGCAGUUUGUCCUUCAAUGACAUCAAUGAAUAGCCGCUAUAUUUGUGUGCGUCCUAUUCCAUACAGGUUGCUGUAUGUGCUCUGAAAUAGUGAGAAGAACAAAGGCAGAAGAAAUGGCUUCAGCAGGGAACGGACAGGCCAGCGGACACCUAUACUGUUGUAGGAGAUUAACCAUACCUUGGUACUUUCAAUUACUUAAAAAUUGGAAACUGCCAAAAUGACCCAAGUGAUACAAUUAUAGUGGAAUUCACAUGAAUACAGUACCUAUACUGGUUAUCACAGCUGGUUUCCUGUGGCGCUCAUUAUAUAGCAGGGGUUUUUUUUGGCAGAGCAAAGAAAAGGCUAAAAAAACAGGGCUAAGUCAAUUUAACCUGAACAUGAAGCGUGGUGGAAAGGACACACAGACUCCAAACCUUAUAAGAGGCGAAGUCUAUUGACAUAUUACUCAAGGGCAUUGCUAAGGAAUAUUUUAGGGUGUGUAUAUUAUUGUACAUAGAAACCCCAGUAAACUUACAGCACAGAUGUGAUGACCUAUAAUAGUCUUAAAUGGACACACUGUAGGAGAAUGACAGGAGAGGAGGUAUGCUACAGAAGGCACGUUCUGGUGAGUUCUCCAGGCGCUGUAUCCUCAUCCGCUCUUCAUUGUAUUGAUAUGUGCUCAAGGUUCUCACAGUGUUACGUUUUUAUUUAAUAGUUGUGUUUAUGCAUCUUUCAUUCUGCAUUUUUCUAUGACUAUGUAGCACCUUAUGAAUUUAGUACUUGGCGGUGUCAGACACUUUUUUUUUUUAAUUUGUUUACAUACAACUGUAUUUAAUUAUUUUAAAAAUCAUGGCUUAAACCAAUGUGCAGCAGCAACAUAGAUCGAUAACUGUAUUUAGUACUGUUGGCACAACUGUCACCACUGAUACGUUACAUAAUAGUGCCUCUGUAUGUCAAUAGUUAAGUUAUAUUUGAAGGGAAUCUGUCAGGUUUAGAUUAUUCACUCUUCCCUUGAUUGAUUGGUGUGUACCUCAAAUCAGAGAGAUGUGGGGGAGGGAGAAGGCAGGCAUGCUGCAGCUCAGAAAAGCUUCUUUCUCAGUUCUAGAUCAUUCUCAGAGCUCAAUUGUCAGAUUCCCUUUGAGAUUUCUUCCCCAUACCCCAUUCUGCUGUACGCUUGAAGCCAUACAGUAACACAUUUCUGUGUAUAUGUAUUUUUAUUUGUGAGAGUUGUUAAAGGGAAACUAUGUUUAUAUUGCUUUCACAAACGAUUUAGCAUAUUGAGCUGAAUAUCCUGUUUUUUUGUUGUUGUUUUGCAUUGCUGUCCACGGAUGUUAGCUGGGGUGGUUUACCCUUCAUUGUCCACACUGAAACCAGUAAUGAGGAUACUUGAUAGAAAUAUAGACUCACUGAUGCUGGGCAAGUAUCAGUUUAGCUUAUCUAUAAAGAGAAUGCAAAGCCUGACCUAAACAUGGCUGUGUAUGCCCGACACUCUAUAGAGACUCUCUUACUGAGUGGAGGAUUGUUUGUUUAGGAAUGGAUGUUACUCUGACUUACAAAUAUGCUUAUUAUAUUCAUUUAGAAAUCAGUAAAUGUUAUUGCUAUUUAUUUUUUAUAUAGAUCCUUCAGAUAAGACCUGUAUGCCUCCAAGUAGAGGUUUAUGGUAUUAACUUUGAUGUGUGGGCAGUGCCAUGUAUUUGAGUUUGGUACUACACUAGCUGUGGUACCGUCCGCAUUUAAUUUAUACAAGACUAGUAAUUCUACAGAACAUGGAACACCACUGGCACAUUGCCCUCCAUUGUACGGUAUCUAAUGACAUGAGCCAGGAAAUUGGAAGAAAUUGGGCAGAGUAGACACAUUAAUUGGUAAGCUGGAUUUCAUCAAGGGCAAUGAGAUCAAGUCUGUAGACAAACUGUUUGUGCUCUCGAUAUGUUCUGGCUAAUGGUCAUGUCAUGAAUUAUCAUAUAUUUAUCCUAUUAGCAUAUUCAGACGAGCGAGUUGGAACAGUUGCUUGCCGAUAGCAGAUGUACUUGUACUUACACUAGGUCAGGGUUUAUUGUUUUAUGCCAAUGCUAUCUUAGCUGGCAGACAUUUUUUAGAUCUCGUACUAUUGUACCAGGUGGUUUCUAUAGUUUGCAUGUUGUCUUUAAGAGCAGACAAGAAAUCUUGUAAUGCAUUUAAAAAACGGUCAUAUUUAUUUUCUUUAGAACUGAUGUCAUAGGACUAAAUUUGGUUACAUGUGACAUGCUAGAAGCCAGACAAGUUCAUGGGGCCCAGAGAGGCAGAGCAGAAUGCUGGCAUAUUUGUGGUUUUGUGCUUUUCACUUGCUUGUAAACUUGCAUAUCGUUGAACGUGUUCUGUGGAGAGUUUUGCGCUUUACAAACUGAUGUUAAAUUAGGUUACAAAAUGUCAUUUUAUUAUACUGAAAAUCUUCGCCGUAAAAGGCGGAAUCAGGUCUGUGGCUAUACAGCCAACUGUAACAAUACAGUAAUAGUCAACAAUUUGAACCCCUACCUAUAUGGGUCUGCGACAAAAUAUAUACCUAUGGCUUUCCUCUUCGCACACUUCUCUACACCACACACGAAAUAUAAAUCUGUCUUAUUGCGUCUUUCCUUCCCUUGUAUUAUUUAUUACCCUUAAUUCAUACAUAUCAUAUCCACUAUGGCUUUAAAACUGUGUUCAACUAUUUGUAAUGAUUUAACAGUAUGAAAUCUGCGGUGGAUAUGGUAUAUGUGAAUGUACCCUUAUUCAUCAUAAUUUCUGGUAGCAAAAUCCUAAUACAAGACAUUUGGCCUGAGGUGCCGUUAUUUGAACUGCAGAGUAAAGUGGUUAUACAGGAAUAGAAAAACAGCUAUUUUUUUUUCUAAAAA